AGACAGUACAGAAAGCUCCCCUGUUUUUUCAUGCUUCUUCUUCGUCUCUCUCUUUUCUGCUGCAGUUCUUUUUUGGGGGUGCUGCUGCUGCUGCCGCUGUUCUUCUUCUUCUUCUUGUUUGGGCAUCAGAGGAUCAUAGCUGCAGAAGCUCUGACGACCCAUGAAGAUGCUAUUGCCAUUGCUUGUGAUUCUGGUAUUGAGCAAUGCUGUUGAAAGUAAUGGACAAGAAAGGGGUGGACAGUGCACAAAUAAUUUGACAUUGGAUCCCAGACCACACAGUGUAUCUAUCUUGGAGUUUGGCGCAGUCGGGGAUGGGAAAACAUUGAACACCAUUGCCUUCCAGAAUGCCAUAUUUUAUCUCAAAUCUUUUGCUGAUAAGGGUGGCGCUCAGCUUUAUGUGCCACCAGGGAAGUGGCUUACUGGAAGUUUCAAUCUCACGAGCCACCUCACACUCUUCUUGGAAAGAGGUGCUGUCAUUCUUGGGUCUCAGGAUCCAUCACAUUGGGAAGUCAUAGAACCCCUUCCUUCAUAUGGUCGAGGGAUCGAACUUCCUGGAGGAAGAUAUAGAAGCUUGAUAAACGGGUAUAUGCUGCGCGAUGUGGUGAUAACAGGUGAUAAUGGAACCAUCAAUGGCCAGGGCUCAGUUUGGUGGGAUUGGUUCACCUCUCAUUCCUUGAACUACAGCCGCCCUCAUCUUGUGGAGUUUCUGGGAUCCACUAAUGUUGUAGUUUCUAAUCUUACUUUCCUGAAUGCCCCUGCAUACAACAUCCAUCCGGUCUAUUGCAGUAAUGUAAGAGUUCAAAACAUAUCGGUUUAUGCUCCACCUGAAUCUCCUUACACUGUUGGUAUAGUCCCAGAUUCUUCAGAUAGCACCUGCAUAGAGGAUUGCAGCAUUGCCAUGGGCCAUGAUGCCAUUGCACUCAAGAGUGGCUGGGAUGAAUAUGGCAUUGCCUAUGGUAGACCCACCACAAAUGUACACAUCAGACGGGUCAACCUUCAAUCAUCAUCUGGCUCUUCCCUGGCCUUUGGUAGUGAGAUGUCUGGUGGCAUUUCUAACGUCUGUGUGGAGCAGGUCCACCUAUACAACUCAUUCAGUGGCAUCGAGUUCAGAACUACCAAGGGAAGAGGUGGUUAUAUCCAAGAAAUCAUCAUAUCAGAUGUCGCAAUGGAAAACAUCCACACAGCCUUUAGUGCAACAGGCCAAAUCGGCUCCCACCCAGAUGACCAUUUUGACCCCAAUGCACUCCCAGUCUUGGAUCACAUCACCUUGCAGAAUGUGAUCGGCACAAACAUAACCAUUGCUGGAAGCUUCACUGGUAUUCAAGAAUCCCCGUUCACUUCCAUUUGUCUAUCCAACAUCUCCCUAUCAACUACUCCUCCUGCCUCCAUCUCUUGGGUUUGCUCAAAUGUCUCUGGGUUCUCCCAAUGGGUGUUCCCUGAACCAUGCCCAAGCCUUGAGAGCUCAUUACUGAACUCAUCUUCAACCUGUCUCUCCCGCCUGAAUUCUUCUCCCACUCAGACUGCAGUCUUAUGAUGCCAUUCUUCCAUUUUUCUUCAAGCCCCAAUCCUAGAUUCUUUCCAAUAAGACCCUGUCUAGAAUAUUUGUUUCCCCAUUUCCCCCAUUUGCAUUCUUGCAUGUUGUCAUCCGCAGAUUAUAUAUGUACAGCCUCAUUUCUUCAUUCAUGUGUAAGGAAAAGUUUUGGUAGUGAUUGCACAGAGGAUUCUGAGAUGUUAGUAGUGUUGCUCUUUGAAUUUCUUUAUUUCUAUAUUUACAUUUUGCUGAGUUGUUAUUUCAUUGUAAACCCUUUUCAGUGAAUAUUGAGUAGAUAUGGAUGGAAUUUCUAGUGAAAUGUGAAUUGGAAUAAAGUGUUUCGGUUGUCAAA